UUUCAUAUUAUGGAUGCGGCGUUCUGAAUACCACCCCGCCGCUGUAGCGUUGUAGACUUUUUCAGUCCACUAAGCAGAUUCGAUGCACUCUCACCACCAUACAACGACGAAAAACGAAAGCCAAACGACACGAAAGCGGCGUUCUGUCAAAUUUCCUUCGCAACGGGGGCAACAUCGUGGCCUUUCUACAUCGUGCAGCACAUUAGAAGCGUUUCAUUCAUGUUGGGGUGCGAAUGUGCGGCAACAACCGUGGCUCGGUGAUUCUCUGUCUGGGUAUCCCAACCUCUUUCAAUCGUGUGAAGCACAGUGAAAAUAGAUGUGACAAAUAUGCGUGCGUGUGUAGCAUGUCCUGCUGGUGCAAUCAUUCAGCAGGGUUAGGUGCGACCGCUCGAUCGUGUAGUGUAACGUAAUAAAGCGGCAUGACUUCAUAUGAACAAACAGCCAGUGUAUAGAGAAACGUUAACAAGUGUGUUCGAAUCAAGCCAACCUAAAAUAUAGUGAUUUAUUUGCUUGUAUUGUGUUGUAUUGUGUGGUGUACAUAUUUCAUAUUUGUAGAGUAGGUUCUGUAAAUAAUGACCGCUAUUGCCAUGGCGUCGGAUGGAGGUUAUGAUCCCGUGAUUUCUAAGCUGAUUACAUCGCUUAAAGAAGCCGAAAGCUUGACCGACGAAAAGGAUCUGGGGUUUUUGCAAAACCUGCUGCAGUCGAAGGAACUGAACGCACUAGUGAAUGUACAUAGCAAGGUGGCCAAAAUUAAUAAGGACGACAGGAUAGCUCCAUUGUUAUCGGCGUCAGUUCAGAUCUUGAUGGAAGUGUUGGAGCUGCUAGCUCCAAGAUGUCACAUUUCUCCGCUCUGUAAGGAGGUUUUCCACCUACUUCAAACUCCGCAUUUGCAGAGCAUUCUUUUUGCACACGACGCUAUCGCGCAAAAAGAUUUUUAUCCUCAUCUGCCGGAUAUCCCCGUGGAGGUUGACGAAGACGAAGAGACCAUCAAAAUCGUACAGCUUGUAAAAAGUAACGAACCUCUGUGUGCUGGAGCACAAAGUGCGGAACCAAUCGUUGGUGCUACCAUCAAAACAGACGAAGAAACGGGCAAAAUUAUUAUCGCACGCAUCAUGCACGGCGGGGCGGCUGAUCGUUCGGGCCUUAUUCACGUCGGCGACGAGGUGAUCGAAGUAAACAAUAUUAACGUCGAGGGCAAAACACCAAGCGAUGUUCUAUCUAUUCUGCAAAAUUCUGAAGGCACAAUAACGUUCAAGCUUGUCCCGUCCGAUGGUAAGCUGGAUCAGCGGGAAAGCAAGGUGCGGGUGAGAGCCUAUUUCGACUACGAACCAGAAAACGAUCCCUACAUCCCGUGUAAGGAGGCUGGUCUAGGGUUCCAACGGGGUGACAUUCUUCACAUUGUAUCCCAGGACGACUCCUACUGGUGGCAGGCGCGCAAGGAGGGUGAAAAAACGACCCGCGCCGGGUUGAUACCAAGCCGGGCCCUGCAGGAGCGUCGUAUACUGCACGAAAGAACUCAGAAGGAAACGAAUGGUGAUGCAAAAAAAGGUUCAUGUGCCUCCAUCUGCUCGACUCCACCCGGUUCACCAAACCCAAACCAUCCCUGUGGUGGGCCAAAGACUAAAAAGAUUAUGUACGAUACAGCGGAGAACGAUGACUUCGAUCGGGAAAUGAUCGCCACGUACGAGGAGGUGGCCAAGCUGUACCCGCGCCCCGGCAUUUUUCGGCCGAUCAUCUUGAUCGGUGCGCCCGGCGUGGGCCGCAACGAGCUGAAGCGUCGACUCGUUGCACGAGAUCCGGAAAAAUACAAAAGCCCAGUUCCAUACACUACGCGCCCGAUGCGCCCGGGAGAGGUCGCCGGCCGGGAGUAUCUUUUCGUAACCCGCGAAAAGAUGGAGGCCGACAUUGCCGCGGGCAAGUUCAUCGAACACGGCGAGUACAAGGGACAUCUGUACGGGACGGCGGCCGAAAGUGUGAAAAGCAUCGUGAGCGCUGGGUGCGUGUGUGUGCUGGGACCUCACUAUCAGGCGCUGAAGUCACUAAGGACGGCUCAACUAAAGCCUUACAUCGUACACAUUAGACCACCGGUUUACGAGGAGCUGAAAAAAUCUCGCACGAAAGCUCGCGCCCGCUCAACGUUUGAUGAAAACAAUUCGAGAGGAUUCACGGAUGAAGAGUUCAUGGAGAUGAUCAAAUCGGACGAACGCAUCAACUUUCUUUACGGCCACUUCUGUGACGAUGAGAUCGUGAACGAUGAUCUUACGGAGGCGUUCGAGAAGUUGGUCAAUUUUGCCAACAAAUGUGAAUCCGAGCCGCUCUGGGCACCGGCCAGCUGGGUGCAGUAGAGAAUAUUGAGUUUGGUCGCAGGGUCGGACGGGAGGGUACUAGAGUUUGAAAAUUUUGGUCAAUUGUUUUUCUUCUCACGAUCACGCAUUAUUCGUACUAGCGUUAGUGUUAUGCGCCGUCUACCGAUUGGAUUCGUCACUCGUGUUAUCAUGUUCGGUUGAACGCUAUUUACGGUUACCAAAUAUUUUAUCAUUUGCCAGAUGCUACAUUUGUUAUUAGUUGUAUGAUUUUUAUUUACAAUUUGUUUACCACAAUAAACGAUCAUUGGUUAUCUUUGAGGUAUAAUUUGAUUGCUUUACAGCUGCUUUUUUGCUUUUCAGUUUGAGUGGCUCCCGUACCUCCAUCGCAAGAGCGCGCGCUCGUUUGCUACAAGCUUGAACGUUAUUAUGCUAAGGUGCUUUUUCUAUGGGAUAGUUGUACAAAAGCCAAAAAAAAAAAUACGGUGUGUGGUGGGGACUAAACAGCUACCAAACGGCGAACGCGCGUGCAUAACAUCCUAUCGGCAUUUGGGGAUAUUUAACAAGAGAAAAGAAUCGGUAGAAUUAGUAAGAUAGCGCCAGCGAAUUGUGUUACAUUGUGUGUAGAGUUAUUGUAUACUAGAGACCAUUUGUUGGUUGGCCGCAGAGUAGUGCGAUACACGGGACCGAAACGGUUACAUCCCUGUUUAAUUGUGUUAGAUUCCUUCAGUUAGCAAACGACGUGGAAAGGAAAACAUUGCGACACGGCACGACAGAACCACGAAUGAAUGAGCUUAUUUAACCCGUUUGACUUCACCGGUACGUUUUUUGCAUGUGUUGUUGUUGGUAGGAAUUUAAUUGAAGCAAAUCACUGCCCAAACCCUCUCUUAAACGGGCAGCGAGAAGAAGCGUUUGUAUGCCCGUGUUGUGUGCGAUACAUGAAAGAGAUAAUGUAGAUACCACUUACACUUACCACACAGAUUAGCUAAGAUGGUUGGAUUCGUAACUGUGUUCCAAUUGUGAUUGGAGACGUAAGAAUAAUUUCGAAUGACAAAUUUCAGUACUUAAACCCGAUCAACCCCAUUGGUACAAAUAGUAGCACAACUGACAGAGGUUCGGUUUCUGUUCUGUUUGAAACUCCUCUCGGAUAGAAUCUACGGUUGCAAAUCAUUUUGUUUCCAAAGCGCCAUGAACAACUUCCGUACCUAGCAAAGGAUCAAUGCAAAACAAAAUAAUCCUAAUCGAGUCAUUUUCAAUCACUAACAAAGCUAACAGUUCUACCGUUUACAGUUUGCAAACUAUAAAUAUAUAUACACAGAUAUUGAAAGAAGCAUUUAACAAAAUUCAUACCAUGAAAGGGUCCGUAUUUUCCGACACGUUUUAUACAUAAAUGUUGAAAGUAAAAAGAAGCUAAAAAUUGACUUGUAGCAGAACACUUAUCGAUCAUCAUAGCGUUGCUGUGUGAAAGUCGUGAAGCAUUUUGUCGUCACCAACACAUUGCUACUUAAAACUAGAGCCGGAACAAUAGCACACUAAAGAUAUAGUUUCUCAAACGUUUGAAGCAAAAACAAAACAACAACCAAAAUGGAACAGAUUAUAUAAAGCACAUAAAGUCUUUCGCUAGCAUGAUAAUCCGCACGCAUGCGAAUCUGCAGCCAUCGUAAGCCAGCAUCGUUGUUCAUUGAGCCAAAACCAAACAUAACUCAAACAAAAAGGAAUGUACAGUAACUGUAACGGCACACAGAAAAUGUAAAACAGCAAUUGUGACCAGAUCAGACCAGACACAACAGAGCCCAGCCGAGCUUGCGUAUGCGUAUUCCCUCUAAAUCCUGCAUCUAAUGUCGAAUCCACAUUGCAAGCUGGGUCUCCUUCCGAUCUCUCCUGCUUCCUUCCGACCUCUUGCAAUAACUAUUAAACAAAAACGUUCUUAAAUGCUAUGCUAAAUGAAUAAUGCUCCCAAAAAAGAAAAUACGUGUGGGAAAAUGUGUGAACAAUCGGGACAAUACGCAUGCGAAACGCCACGUGUCGCCAAAAGUACGCGUAAUGAUUGCGCGUUACAUUAGAAGCGUGUGCUUUCGUUCAAAUGUUUAUGCAAAACCGUUAACCAUUCGCCCUAAGGCCGGAGAGCUCCUAGAAGCUCCAUACAAAAAUGGAGUUGGACUAAGGCAUAAUGAUUGAAUUAGGAUGCCAUUACCACACACACACCAUCGAACAACACAUUUGUGGCAAAUUAUUAUGUACUCACCAUUCGUAAGUUGUUUCGGGGAAGAAGUGAUGAGUGAUCCUCAUCACCACCACGCUACUCCUCGGAACAGUUAGAUCUUCCCUUGUUGGUCUGUGCUAAUCGCACAAACUCCUAGCAGCCAAAGACACACGUUGGAAUGUAUGCAGAAGGAUAACAAAUGUAUGGAUUCCCUCCCCACCCAGGGAAUUCAAAUGUUCGGCCAAAAACCUAUUGGUCAGUCAACAGAAGUACAUGUACAUGUGUAACGCAAAAGACACGACAGGCACGUAAAAAAAGUAAGCAAAGUGAUGAUGUUGUUUGUUGAUUAGUUUUAGAUACCUACACACACACACACACGCACACAAACGAGGAGGGUGCACCACAUGCGAAUUCAAGCCAAUCAUAUGGGACGGAAUAGGGAAGGGAAAGAUCUUCAGAGGGAUCUGAAGAAGGACACGAACGUUCAAACAAACAAAAUUGUCACCCAAUGUACCCUCAUCAACAACAACAACAGCUAGCACGUAAAGAUGCAUUGAACAAAGGAGUAUAUAUAGCAAAUAAAAAGGAAAAAAAAUGGA